UGUCAGAAAUCGCCGUGUAUUCUGUAUACAUAAUAGUAAAUCCUCGCUGAUUUGGUUGAAUAUUUAGAGCACAUUUUAAAUUUACCAACAUAUUAUGCCGUCUUAUGAAUUAGCAUUGAUCCUACGACAAAUGCCAAGGCCGGAGCUCGUGUCCGUGUUAAAACGCACCGCCAACGUUAUUUUUGAUAAAGGAGGAAUAAUUCGCAAAUUGGACAAUUUGGGGACACGGCCUUUACCUUUUAAAACCAGCAAACAUGGAUUGGUACAUAGAACGGGAACAUAUUUUGUAGUGAAGUUUGAUACACCCCCAUCAACUUUGGAAGAUUUGGAGGAAGAAUACAGCCGGGAUGUUGACAUUAUACGAAAACGAAUCUACAAAGCAGAUGCAACGCUUCAACAGGAAAUAAGUUGUACACUACAUGACGAAAUGUUACCCCCUGCAUACCGAAAAGAUGUUCAGAAAAUGAUAAGCAUUGCUAACAAAAACAAAAAGAAAGGCUUCCAGUAUAAUUCCGGGUUGGAUUAUUAUCCUUUCCAAAAAUAGAAGUUGGUCGCAUUGUUGUAAAAUUAGAAAAUAUAUAGCUACAUGUGUCUAGAAAA